UACCAAGUUGGGGAAUGCUCCCUUAGCCUCUUCUUCUCCCCACUUUCCUUAUUCUUUCCUCAUCCCUCCAUCUCUAUAUAUCCCACCUUCUCAUACCCAUCUCUCAUUCUCUUAACAAUUUCUUCUCUCCUCUACCCUUCAAACUACUGCAUACCAAUUCCUCAAUGGAUUCUACCGGGGUUGACACUUCUCUUGACCUCAAUCUCAAUUCAUCCCAUAACAAAGCUACGGAGACAGAACCUGUAGCCGAAUUUGUUGCCUUUCAAGGGAAAGAACUAGUUAAACAAGAUGUAAGCGUUUCGGUGGAGGAAUUUAACCGGAUAAGAGCAGAGAACAGGAGGCUAACGGACAUGCUAACUAUCGUCUGUGAGAGUUACAACAGUCUGCAAAACCAGUUCAUGGAGUUGAAGAACAAGAACUCUGAGAACGAAGCUGGAGCUACAAAAAAGAGAAAGGCGGAGGCGGCGCAUGACGAUUACGCCUACAUGAUCGGAUUCAGUGGUCGUAGUGAAGGUAGUUGCAGUGAUGAAGGGUCAAGUCAACGGCCUAAAGAGACCAUUAAAGCAAGCAAUAUUGCAAGGGUUUGCGUUCGCACCAAUCCUUGUGAUAGCUCCCUAAUAGUUAGAGAUGGAUAUCAAUGGAGAAAAUAUGGUCAGAAGGUCACAAGAGACAACCCAUCUCCUAGAGCUUACUUCAGAUGCUCUUAUGCCCCAAGGUGCCCGGUCAAGAAAAAGGUGCAACGGAGUGCUGAAGAUUCAUCAAUCUUAGUGGCAACAUAUGAUGGCGAACACAACCACCCAUGCCCUUCUCCAGCUGAGAUAUCAAUGAGCCCAAGCCAUGCUGCAAAUCCUAUUCGUCCUGUUCCUUUUACUGCCUCCAUCGAACCUUCAGCUACUAGUGUAACGCUUGACUUGAUGCAACCAGGAUUUAUUGGAGACGUGAAAAAAUCAGUAGGGGAAAUGGAUGCUCUAGAAAUACAACAGAUUUUGGUGCAGCAAAUGGCAGCUUCUUUAACUAGAGAUCCCAAUUUCACAGCAGCACUAGCAGCGGCCAUUUCAGGAAGAGUUUUAGAGCAGAGUAGGGUAGAGAAAUGGUGAUAAGAGACAAAGUUCAUGGUUCUGUAUCUUUUUUCCUUAUCAGUUCAUUUUGAAUAUGCAAGAGUGUGAUCAAGUGAUGUAAAUAUAUAUCCACAGAAGUGGGAAAAAAAAAACUGAAGAAUGCAGUUCUUUGUAUUCAUUUGAGUAAGAACGUACUUAGAUUAUU